CUUGAGUGUAUUGUGUGGUAUGUAUUGUCUCACUUGUACAUACUGCGUCUAUCCUAUCCGUUUGGUACAAAACUUAUAGCACACUUGUGUUGUGUGCACGUUUUAAAAAUGUAUCGCUUAUUUUUCGGGAAAAGAGUGAGCAGCAUAUAAAUCAGACAGUUUGUAACCAGUUCAUUUUCAUCAAUGAAUACGACCAGCAGCAGCAACUGUGAAUCGUUGGAAAAACGGUGUUGUGUGCGCGCAUUCAAUGAAAUCUGUCCGAAACAAAAAACCAAAUAUAUGCGAAAAGACAAAUAUACUACUCUCUUGCUAAAGAGUUAGUACAUUCACAACAUCGUGCGAAACUAGUUGGGAUUACCGUAAUUUCGUGACAAUGUGUAAAAUGUGAACAUUUAUAUUCUCAAUUGAAUAUUUUCAAAUAUUUAAAUUACGAUAAAAUAGGCGAAUGAAGUGAAAGAUAAAUAAAGAAUAGAAACGACCGUUCGCCUUCAUUUACAUAAAAAAUAAUAUGUAUUGGCAUUCAAUAGAGAAAGAGUGAAAAAAAGAGGAAAAAAAAAUCAAUAAUAUGAUGAAAUAUGAGGAACUACAACAUUGGUGUAGCAAUGAUAUUUAAUCAACGACCAACGAUGUUGACGAUGACGAUUACUUUUGCACAAGUGAAAUCAAUUCGAAUUUUAUAAAUAAAUCGCGGGACGAUGAAUAAUAUUAGACGACAAUUAUGGUAUCACUCUAAUCCAUGCUGUUAGACGUCAAACAAACACCAAUUCUAUAAAUAAACAACCAUUUUUUUUGGAGUCAAAAUGCGCGGUCGACGUAUUCCGAUUGCUUUACCAAAUACAGGAGCAUUGGCUCGUAAACGAAAUUCAUUUUAUUUACGAGCCUUUCUAGUAAUAUGUUUAGUACUAUUCGCUGUGCUACAAUUACAUUUAAUAAAUAGUCCCGAUUAUCGGGAACAGCAUUCAAUAAAUGAACUGGCAAACGACUCAUCGGCGGCCAUUCUGCAAAUGGUGCCAGUAGUUUAUCGUAAAUUUUUAACGAUGAAACCACGUAAUCAAACGAACAAUAAUAAAAGUUUAAAUGGCACAAACGAAGGGCGAAACCAUCCAACUGUACUGUCCCAUGUAGAAGAAAUAUUGCGAAACAUUGCACGAUACAAUGAACUACAGUCGGUUCUCAACGAAGAUCUAUUCGGUCCAUUGGCCAAUGAUUCUGUGAUAAUUGUAAUUCAGGUUCACACACGAGUUGAAUAUUUACGGCAUUUGAUCGUGAGUCUGGCACAAGCUAAAGAUAUUUCCAAGACACUUGUAAUAUUUUCACAUGAUUAUUAUGAUGAAAAUAUUAACGAUUUAGUGCAAACGAUUGACUUUUGUAAAGUCCUACAGAUAUUUUACCCAUAUUCGAUACAAACACAUGAGCAUGAAUUUCCCGGCGAAGAUCCCAAUGAUUGUCCACGAAAUCUCAAGCGAGAUCAAGCUAUUGCACGAAAGUGUAAUAAUGCACUUUAUCCGGAUCUAUAUGGUCAUUACCGUGAAGCCAAAUUCACUCAGACGAAACACCAUUGGUGGUGGAAAGCGAAUCGAGUUUUUGAUCAAUUGGAUGUCACGCGACAUCACACAGGUCUUGUGCUGUUCCUUGAAGAAGACCAUUAUGUGGCUGAGGAUUUUCUGCAUCUACUUGAACUAAUGCAGAAACGUGCUAAUGAGCUAUGCGCACGUUGUAAUAUCUUAUCGUUGGGCACAUAUUUGAAAACAUUUAACUACUACACAUACGCAAAUGUGAACAAGAAAUCGUCAUCUGGCGAUGGAAUGCUUAGAAUGAAAACGGAAAAACGAGCCACGGAAACAUGGGGAUAUCAAAUAUUACCUACGCUUUAUUCCACUUACCAAAAGGUCGAGGUGAUCCCAUGGAUAUCCAGCAAACAUAAUAUGGGCUUCGCCUUCAAUCGAAGCACUUGGCGUGAAAUAGUGCGAUGUGCAAAUCAUUUUUGCACGUACGAUGACUACAACUGGGAUUGGUCACUACAGCAUGUAUCCCAACAGUGUCUACAAAAGAAGCUACAUGCAAUGGUUGUCAAGGGACCACGCGUUUUUCAUAUUGGCGAAUGCGGCGUACAUCAUAAGAAGAAAAACUGUGAAUCGAAUCAGGUCAUUUCGAAAGUGCAGCAAGUGCUUCGCAUUGCAUCAAAAUCACAUCAACUGUAUCCGAAAAUGCUAACGCUAACGGUGGCCAGUGUUGUUAAGAAAUCAAAACUACGCAAAGGCAACGGCGGAUGGUCAGAUGUACGAGAUCACAAUCUAUGCUUGAACGUCACUUGGGCCAGCUAUUGAUCGAAUAAUGGAAUCUGAAUAUAACGAGUCGUUUUUUUUUCAGCAAUAAAAAAAUGUAUCAAAUGUCGCAAAAUAGCGACAACCAAAAAAAGAGUAAAGUUAACCGUCACUUUAAGUGUGCCACACAAGUGAAUUGAAAUUUAAGGCAGAUAAAGAUAUUUGAUUUUCUUCUCGGUUUUGUGAUAUAAUAAAACUUCGAAUUUUCAUCGUUA